AUGGAGAUGGAGAGGAUGAACAUGGAUACAUCUGGUGAGGAGGAAGAGAAGGAAAACAAUGAAAGAAACUCUAGAGUUUGUACUAGCUGUGACAAGAUUCAUGAGUCCAUUUCCAAAUGGAUGCUUCCUGAAAAUGCCAGAGGAACCUACCUGGAAAGAGCAAACUGUAUCCCUCCUCCUCUCUUCAUCAUUUCCAUUAGUAUAGCUGAGCUGGCUGUAUUCAUUUAUUAUGCUGUUUGGAAGCCCCAGAAACAGUGGAUCACGCUGGAUACAGGUGUCUGGAACAGUCCCUUUAUUUAUAGGCCUGACAAGAGGGAAGAAACUUGGAGAUUCAUUUCAUAUAUGCUAGUGCAUGCUGGCAUUCAACACAUUUUAGGAAAUCUCUUUCUGCAACUUAUUUUGGGGAUCCCCUUAGAAAUGGUUCAUAAAGGGCAUCGGGUUAGUCUGGUGUAUCUCGCAGGAGUGAUUGGAGGUUCCUUGGCUAGCUCAGUCUGUGAUCCCCUCCAGGCUCUCGUAGGGGCUUCAGGAGGAGUCUAUGCUCUCAUUGGAGGAUACUUUAUGAAUGUUUUAGUGAACUUCAGAGAAAUGAUUCCUUUGUUUGGAGUCUUCAGAUUGCUCCUCAUCGGGAUUAUAGUUGGAACAGAUAUGGGAUUUGCUCUGUACAGAAGAUUUAUCGCUCCUGUGAAUGGGCCUCAAGUGUCCUUUGUGGCUCACAUUGCUGGUGGCCUAGCUGGGAUGUCAGUAGGUUAUGUCAUUUUCAGCUGCUUUGAUAAGAACUUUAUAAAAGAUCCAAGAUUUUGGAUCUCCAUUGUUGCUUAUUUAGUCUUUCUGGUGUUUGCUGUAUUUUUCAAUAUCUUUCUUUCACCAGCAAACUAA